AUGCGGAUCCAUGACAUCUACUUUACAUUAGCUUCUGCACCACAGCAAGCCUAUGGACAAAGCGGUGGUGGUGGUGGUGGCUCUAACACGACUCGACAAGAUAAGCGCUCAGAUCCUGCGCAGUGCAUGACAUGGAGGAGACAGCUCGAUAGCUCGACAGCUCUGCAGCCUGUGUCUAUGAUGCUCUGGUCACCGCAUUGGCGAUCGGAGAUGCCGAUCGAUUGA